AUGCCUUCUGCAACCGGUCAAGAUUGGGAGAAGUACUCGAAGAAAUUCGCAGACGAUGAGAUAGAAGAAAAGAAGAUUACCCCUCUCACAGAUGAGGAUAUCCAAGUCCUCAAGACAUACGGCGCCGCCCCAUAUGCGUCAACCAUCUCAAAGCUCGAGAAACAGAUCAAGGAGAAGCAACAGAGUGUAGAUGAGAAGAUUGGUAUCAAAGAAUCCGACACCGGUCUCGCACCACCACACUUAUGGGAUGUCGCCGCCGAUCGGCAACGAAUGUCUGAAGAGCAGCCUUUCCAGGUGGCUCGAUGCACGAAGAUAAUCGCUGACGAAAAGGGAGACGAGUCCAAGAGCAAGUACGUCAUCAACGUCAAACAAAUAGCAAAGUUUGUCGUUCAGCUUGGCGACCGCGUCAGUCCCACGGAUAUCGAGGAGGGUAUGCGAGUUGGUGUGGACCGAAACAAAUACCAGAUUAUGUUGCCGCUGCCUCCGAAAAUCGAUGCCAGCGUCACCAUGAUGACUGUUGAGGAGAAGCCAGACGUUACCUACGGCGAUGUUGGUGGCUGCAAAGAGCAAGUCGAGAAGCUACGAGAAGUCGUCGAGAUGCCCUUGCUCUCGCCGGAGAGAUUCUCAAACCUUGGUAUCGACCCUCCCAAGGGUGCACUGCUCUACGGCCCCCCGGGAACCGGCAAGACUCUCUGCGCCAGAGCUGUUGCAAACAGAACAGAUGCUACCUUUAUCCGAGUUAUUGGCAGCGAGCUUGUUCAAAAGUACGUUGGUGAAGGUGCUCGAAUGGUUCGAGAGCUGUUCGAGAUGGCCCGGACAAAGAAAGCGUGUAUCAUCUUCUUUGACGAAAUCGAUGCUGUCGGUGGUGCACGAUUCGACGACGGUGCCGGUGGUGACAAUGAGGUUCAGCGAACCAUGUUGGAGCUCAUCACCCAGCUGGAUGGAUUCAACGCCCGAGGAAACAUCAAAGUCAUGUUCGCCACCAACAGACCGUCAACGCUUGACCCUGCCCUGAUGCGACCUGGACGAAUUGACCGCAAGAUUGAGUUUUCACUUCCCGAUCUCGAGGGCCGAGCCAACAUCCUCCGAAUUCACGCCAAGAGCAUGUCCGUCGAGCGAGAUAUCCGAUGGGAGCUCAUCUCUCGUCUCUGCCCUAACGCUACUGGUGCUGAGCUGAGGAGUGUAUGUACCGAGGCCGGCAUGUUUGCCAUCCGAGCACGGAGAAAGGUGGCAUCGGAGAAGGAUUUCUUGGAUGCGGUAGACAAGGUCAUCAAGGGCAACCUCAAGUUCAACUCAACAGCGACGUACAUGCAGUACAACUAA